CAUUAUCAAUUUUUUAUCGUUUUUUCUUCCGUCUGAUUAAAGAAAACUGCUGUUCUGUUCAGAAUGUUUUGAAACAGUUCCUUAGGCUGAAAACCGAACCAAAGUAUAAUUGAAACAUCAGUUACGGAUUUUUUCAAAUACAUUUAACGCUUUAGAUUUAUACAAGAAUUGAUUUUCCUCCAGUAUAUUGCGUACCAUUUUUAACAAUUCUUGAUCGCAAACCAUGGUAAUUAAACAACAUCCUUCAACUCGCUUUAAAUAUGUUUAUAUUGAAUAUUCUAUCAUUAUUCGCAUCCUUUGUAUGCCAUCUGAAAUCGUUUGUAAUACUCUGAGCCAUAACUGGAUUGCAACUGGACCAAAACUGUCGAUUCCUGUUUGCCAAAGCGGAUCAGCUCUGCACCUGUUCUAUUAAAACUCCGGCCUCAUUAAUACAUGACCAUUGCUUCAUUUAGUCAGAAACUACUUUUCUUUCCUAGUUUUUGUCUCUUUUUUUAUCCCCAAACAAUAACAAAACUGAUUACAAGCUAGAUGAUUUUUACUCAAACAGAAAUUUGUUACCUCAAAAACACACGUGACCCUACAUUUACUAUUCGAAAACUUAAAUCUAUACACCGUUUCUAAAAUUUCUACUUCAAAAUUUGUUAAUUCCGGAUGCCAUUUGUAAUCACUCAACGUCCUGUUGAAAAAACGACUCAGAUUUGAAUCUAAUUAGAGAUACUUUUACAAUUUAAUCCAAAUUUUGACAACCUUUUUGCAUGGAACCUAUAUCGCAUUCGACCAUUCUUUUGACCAAAACGGAACCCCUGGAAAAUCAUCGAGUGGUUGCUGAUUUUUUAAAUUUGUUGUCUGAUCUAUUUCAUUUAUCAGUACUUUUGGCUCAUUUUGCGGAAGUUACUUGUUUUCCGCGAGCAGUAAGUCGCGAUCCGAGAAUAAAGAUCGGAGCAUAUUAGUCAUUCGUUGCGAAAUCCAAUUGAAGAUAACUCGUCAAUUAAAAAGCUAUCUGUUAUUCGUGAGCUGUUAGUGGUAACAAACACACCGGCACUAAUACACGAAAACCGGUAAAAACUGCGCGGUUGAAUUGUACUUCGAAUUGUGCAUGCGUCGUAACUUCCGAGUGGAUGUCUUCCGAUGGGAUUAGACGACCACUAUGAGAAGCAUUUGAAGUACUUUCCGAACCCUAACCACUUCAAGAAGGACUUGGAGUUAGAUCUCUGCAGCAGUGGUAAGGCAGUAACGCCCCACAUCCAGAUCAGUCCAGCUACAGUCGCAGCUGCCGCAUCAUCCCCCGCUGGACCAUCAGGCGCCGGAUUCACUUCACAUCCACACCCGUCCGGCACUGAGAAUAACCCAAUGGAGCACCUGAUUAUGUUCCCGCUGCGUCUGGUCAGUGGCAUUUCCCAGAUCACUGGCACUGGGGACGGGGACUUCGGGGACAGACUCAACCACAGAUACACUCCCAUCCUACUGAUCUUAUUCGCAAUACUCGCCAGCACUAAGCAGUAUGUGGGUGAGCCAAUCAACUGUUGGGUACCUCAGUCCUUCUCAAGUGCAUGGACCACAUACACCAACCAGAUGUGUUGGGUGUCUAACACGUACUACCUACCCCUGAACACACCAGAUGUGGCACACCACCCCAUGAAGCCCAAUUCAUACAUCACCUACUACCAGUGGGUGCCCAUUGUACUCACCAUACAGGCCAUGUUCUUCUACAUACCCAGGAAGCUGUGGCGCAUGGCGGGAAAGAGGAGUGGGCUGGACAUUGACAACAUAGUGGUUACUGCGACUACCUUUGAGAAUGCAGUGUCCAAUGAAGUGAGAGAGAAGACCAUUCAACACAUUGCUAGGCACCUGGACCGCUACUUUGGCUCUCAGCGGGAGUACCGGAGGGGUUGCUGGCCCCAGUGCAAACAGGUGUUCUGCUUCAUGUGCAACAGACGCCAGGGCACCUACCUCUGCAUCUUCUACCUGUUCUCCAAGUUCCUCUACAUAUUCAACGCCAUCGCACAACUAUUCGCCCUCAACGAGUUCCUAGGACACAGGUACCACAUGUAUGGCAUUGAGGCACUGUUGGACUUCAUAAACGGAGUCAGCUGGCAAACAUCCCACCGAUUCCCCAGAUUCACACUCUGCGACUUUUCCGUGCGCGUGAUGGGCGUGCACAUCCAUGACUACACAGUGCAGUGUGUGUUGAGUAUCAAUCUGUUCAAUGAGAUGAUCUACUUCUUCAUCUGGUGGUGGACUGUCAUAGUCAUUUGUCUCACAAUCGUCAACUUCUCCGACUGGGCCUUCAAACUAGUCUUCACCGUGGACAGGAUCGCAUACGUCAAGAAACACCUCAAGUUCAUGGACAGAUACGACAAGACAGAGCACCGGAAACUGAUCAACACCUUCGUGUACCACUACUUGAAGAACGACGGGGUCUUCCUCAUCCGCCUGCUGGCCAAGAACACCAACACCCUCAUGACGUCAGAGAUAGUGGCCCAGUUGUGGGACAACUAUAGAGAACGUCACAGAGACAACAGACGACUGGACUACUCCAAGACCCCCACUGGACAGAGGCUGAACAAUGACUCGAACGGAAUGCUAUCACAGGGGAACAAUGCUCGAAGGAGAAAUAACAACAUGCCACCUCUGAAUGACACUGUUCCCAGGGGGAGUAAUCAGCACAUGUACCCACUGACAAGCAUGGGGUGGAGUCCUCCUCCCCCUCCACUGACCGGACAGCCGGGGGAGCCUUACUUCGGGAUGUUGGAUGACUCCUGCUGGCAGGAUGAGAAGUUCAAGGCCGAGAUGAACAGCAACAUGCUUCACAGUCACCUCCCUCCCCCCUCUGCACCCCACCAACAAGGGGGACAGCAACUUCCUCCCCCUCCCAUCUCUCAUCAGCUGGGACUGCCCAACAUAUCGGGAACGACGGGAGACGACAUGGGCUGCUGAUCAAAAUGGAAAAAGUCGUAGCUUCUGUCAUUGAGCGAAAAUGUCACGACUAGUCAUAGCUGAUGCCGACGACCAUUUGUUCCAACCGGAAUGAAAUGCCCAAGACUUUUUCUAUUACAAAAAAAACGAUAUUUCGCAAUAUACUGAAAAAUUAGUUGAAACUGAGUGUUAGUCUAUGUCCUAAUGCAUUUUUUGGUGUAUUUUUAUAGACUUAAAAUUGUAAAUCGAACGAUUGGUCACAAAGUUCUGAAUAUCCUUUAAAUAGACAAUAUUUAGCCAAUUCAAAAAU